GCCAACUCAAACGUUUCAGACUUUCAUAAUUCUUAAAGGGACAGGGUGCUAAAUCGCGUGUGAUCUUCAAACGAGCAAGAUCGUUUUGUUAUUUUACAUAAGCAGUUUUUUAUGUACCUUUUCUAAAAAUGUCUCGGGUUCUAAUAGUUGGUGCUGGACUUACAGGCAGUUUAUGUGCCUGUCUGCUGCGGAGAGAGCUGCCAAACAAAGUAAAUAUAGUCGUGUGGGACAAAUCUCGGGGUGCAGGGGGGAGAAUGUCCACAAGCAGAAGUCUAAAUGAUCCUUCAUGCACAGUUGAUCUUGGUGCUCAAUAUAUAAGUGCCACACCGUACUACGCUCGUAUUCACAGCAGUUUUUAUGAAGAACUCUUAGCACAAGACAUUUUAAAACCUCUCAUUGCUCCUGUUGAAGGCAUGAUGUUAAAGGAAGAAGAAAUUGUGAACUAUGUGACACCCCAUGGAGUCUCGUCCAUCGUCAAACACUAUCUCAAAGAGUCAGCAGGAGCAGAGGUGCUCUACGACCGACACGUCACUCACAUUCACCGGAAAGACACUGGCUGGGAAGUGUGUCGCAAAGGGGGAACGCCAGAGCGAUUUGACAUAGUGGUUUUAACCAUGCCAGUACCCCAGAUACUUCAGCUGCAAGGAGAUGUGGGAUCUUUGAUGGGAGAGAAUCAGAGGAGGAUGCUGGAGGCUGUCAGCUACUCUUCUCGCUACGCACUUGGACUCUUCUACAAAGCCGACACACGAAUCGACGUCCCUUGGGCGGCCAAGUACGUCUCCAAUAAUCCCUGCAUUCGCUUCAUCGCCAUAGAUGAUAAAAAGCGCAAUUUAGCUUCGAAGAACUGCGGACCUUCUGUGGUGGUGCAUACUAGUGUGCCCUUUGGCAUCCAGCACCUGGAGGAGGAGAAGGAUGCGGUACAGCCCAUCAUCCUGGAAGAGCUGGAAAAGGUGAUGCCAGAUCUACCUCAACCUGACAGCAUCAAGUGUCAGAAGUGGAGAUACUCCCAGGUGACAAGAUCGGUGGCUGAUUGCCCAGGGCAGAUGACACUGCACUCCCAGCCUCUGCUGGUGUGUGGGGGGGAUGGCUUCACACACUCCAAUUUCGACGGCUGCAUCGAGUCUGCCCUGAAGGUCUUUGGGGUUCUGAAGUCUUCUCUCUGAAAGGGGGUUGGGAAAGUAUGCCUUUCAUUUCGGUUUUUUGCUAUGGAGGAUGGCACAUUGAAUUAGAUUUAAGCCCCUCCCCACAAGAAGAUGGAUGUACUGCACAAAGCACAGUCGAACUAUCUCGCCUGUGUCUGCAGACAUACAUUUUGUUACAAAAACCAAUUAUACCGUCUGUGCUGAGGAUUAGAGGACAACAGAGCACUGUGCAAGUUCAGUUGUGACUGAAGCAGAUGCCUCAUACUGGCUUUGAUACAAUGUCUUGAACUACAGUUUUCUGAUGUGUAGCAAAUAUUAUGAAUGCGUUCAAGUACUGUCAGCCUUCUCCUGUGAUAGUCUCAGAUAAAUAAAGUAAUUAAAACAUGCUUAAAAUUGUCUCUCAUGUGGGUAUUUGACAU